CUAGUGAUAAUACUUAGAAUAGCAAAACUUCAAAAAAAGAGAGAGAGAGAGAGAAAGAGGGAUGGCAUCUUCUUGUAGCGAGAGUGAGAGAGUGGAGCAAGUGAUAAGCGAGUUGAGCCGGGGCAGGGAUAUAGCGGACCGGAUCCGGGUCAUGCUCCGGCAGACCGGGUCGGGUGGUUCGGUGCAGAUCCUUGUGAGGCAGCUCUUAGACACCUUCAAUCACUCCCUCACCAUGCUCACUCACGCCGCCGCCGACUCCGGUGAGGUUUCGCAGGCUGCCAAAUCGGAAGAUAGUUGCAAGCCGCGGCCGCCCAAGGAUCGCCGCGGAUGCUACAAGAGAAAGAGAAGUUCAGAGACAACAAUAAAAAUGAGCUCGGAUUUGUGUGAGGAUGGGCAUGCAUGGAGGAAAUACGGGCAAAAGGCCAUCCUUAACGCCAAACAUCCAAGAAGCUACUUUAGAUGCACUCACAAAUUCGACCAAGGAUGCCAAGCAUCUAAACAAGUCCAACAAAUUCAAGACGAUCCACCUUUGUAUCGGACGACGUACAACGGUCAGCACACGUGUGAAAAAUCGCCGCUGAAUCAUCAUCACAUCCUUCCCACGCCACCCGAUUCUUCUAUCAUCUGGAGCUUCAAUCGGCCUGCGGAUUCGGUCAAGCAAGAAGAAGUUCAAAUAAAAUCACCACCGGAGGACGACUACAUGUCACCUUUCCUUGAUUUGUCCGGAGAUGUGUACUCUUGCACUGCAAGCACUCAUAGCAUUGAGGAUGUUGUGGGCUCCAUUGAAGAUUUUUUUGAAUUUCAACCCUUGAGUUGAAUCUGUCUAUCUCAAUUUUCUAGAUUUGGAAUAAUUUAGAAUUAGUUGAGAUCAUGCUAGCUAGGCUACUCAUGUUCUACUUAUUUACAAUUUUAGUGUAUGUAAAUAUAUAACCUACUACUUUAGACUGUGUAUUUCGAUAGAGCAUCCAUGUAGCACAUAGCUAGACACAAGAUCUUUACAUAUUAUGAAACUUUUCAAGUUCUACA